AAGUCAGGUCAUACAUUGCAUUAUACAUACAGACACACUCUCCUCCCUCAAUUUCACCUUCCUCCUUUUCACUGCCAUUUAUUAGAUUCCUCUCUCAAUGGACUUUUCUUUUCUCAAUUGGAUUGUACAGAUUCCCAGCUAAGAGAUCUCCAUAGAAACAAAGAAAAUUCCUGUUUAUUUCCGAGUGAUUGAUUUUUUUUUUGGCUGUUUUUUGAUUUUCUUUGGACUGUUUGACACAAACUCUUCUGGGUUUCUUGGCUUUUGCUCUCUUUUGUGAAUUCUCUUUCCGGGUUUGUUGCCAAAAGGCCUUCUAAGUUCUAACCCAGAAGUAUGCUAUAAGAGGCUUCAAGAUAACCAUAGUAUUUCUCACAAAUUUUCUAUUUAUUUUUUGAUUUUCUCCUGUAGCCUCUUUGGAUAUAAAUUAGUUUUUCUUCCUUUUUGUUGUGAAUUUCUUCGGAUUUUUACCUUUUCACGAUAAGGAAAAGAGAGAAAGAUGGGCAAGCAAGGGCCUUGCUAUCACUGUGGAGUUACCAGCACCCCUCUCUGGCGCAAUGGGCCUCCUGACAAGCCAGUAUUGUGCAAUGCAUGUGGAUCUCGAUGGCGGACAAAGGGAACUCUUGCAAACUAUACUCCACUUCAUGCUCGUGCCGACCCUGAUGAUUAUGAGGAUCAUAGGGUGUCUAGAAUGAAGAGCAUAUCUAUAAAUAAGAACAAAGAACUGAAACUUCUAAAACGAAAGCUAAAUCCUGAUAGCAUCAUAAAUGGAGGGUUUGCCCCUGACUACAGCCAGGGUUUCCGGAAGGUUGUAGAUGAAGAUACUGGUAAUGGAUCAAGUUCUGGUUCAGCGAUAUCUAACUCUGAAAGCUGUGCUCAAUUUGGCAGUGGGGAUGCUAGUGAUUUGACAGGUCCAGCUCAGUCAGUUGUGUGGGACUCCACAGUUCCCUCUAGGAAGAGGACCUGUUUCAAUCGUCCAAAGCCUUCUCCUGUUGAGAAACUUACAAGGGACUUGUAUACUAUUUUGCAUGAGCAACAGUCUUCAUACUUCUCUGGAUCUUCUGAAGAGGAUUUGCUUUUUGAGAGCGAAACACCAAUGGUUUCGGUUGAGAUAGGACAUGGAAGCGUUCUCAUUAGACAUCCUAGCUCAAUAGCUAAAGAUGAGGAAUCUGAAGCAAGUUCUCUGUCAGUUGAAAACAGACAAUACUCGUCAAAUGAGGCAUAUUCACGUUCUGUUACCCUUCCUAUAGAUAAUGUGAAUACGAGUGUCAACGCAUCAAGUUAUGUGAUUGAAAAGGCUAAGCAAGCUAUGGGACAAGGGAUGCAACUACAGCAACCGAAAAGGGACAAGAUUCAGCAAGAGAAACAACAACUUUUGGGAAGUCGUAGUUCACCACUGUGUAAUAUAGAUUUCAAUGAUAUUCUUAACUUCGAGGAGUUCGCAAAAAACUUGUCAAGUGAGGAGCAGCAGCAGUUAUUUAAAUAUUUACCUUCACCUGAUACCGCCAAAGUCCCUGAUAGCCUUGGAAACAUGUUCGAUAGUCCUCAAUUCAAAGAGAACUUGUCUUCCUUUCAGCAACUACUGGCAGAAGGAGUGUUUGAUAUCUCCUUUUCAGGUGUAAAGACUGAAGACUGUAAGACUUUGAAAAGGCUUGCGUUAUUCAAUUUAACGAAAUACAAAUGGGUGGAACAUUAUCAUCAGCUGAAGAAACUUAAGAAUUGCCCUGGAAAACUUGUUGGAACAGGUCCAAAUGGCAUAGCAUGGCAUAGUUCAGUUAUCGUCAAGAGAUCACGUGACAGUCAAAAUUAUAAAAUUCCAGAAGCAAAGGGUGUGAUGAGGAGCCCUAAAAGGGUUAUCACGAAAGCGUCCUAUGAAAGCAAAGAACCCAUAGACAAUGAUGGCUCUUGCUUUAGUCCAAGAAGCCUAUUUGCAUUGCCUCCUGAGAGUAGCUCUCUUAUGCUGGACUCUCUCCAUUUUGUCGAUGAAAGCCCUGAUCAGGAUCUGCUGCUGGAUGUGCCCUCUAACAGCUCAUUCCCACAGGCAGAGCUCCUUAAUCCAACUAUGAGUUUUGGCCAACAGGCGAGCACUAGCAGUAGCAGUAUAUACCCACAUCUUGUUCGUCCCUAGCGAUGUUUUUAAAAUGAUACCUGGUAAGUUGGCCUAAUAAUAGAUGCAGUUCUGCUGGAUGUUAUGACAGGGGCAACUUGUUUUGCAUAUCAAGUCCAUAAAAGCUUGUGAAUGAGGUUUGAUGGUUGCUUUUUAAUUCCCCCCAAUCUUCUCAAACACUUUAAUGCUUCAAGAGAUGAAUUCGGGUGGAUUUUUUUUUUUUUUUUUUUUUUUGUAUAGGUUGACAACAGGAUGUAAUAUAUUGCUCAAAACUCAAAAGUGCAAAAGAGGUGGUAAUAUUCUGAGUUAUGGAUGCAA